AUGCCAGUGUCACAGAUGCUACUUUACCUGCUACACCACAGUGCCAGCCCCUGAGUGAUGGGAUUUUAUGGUGCAGUAACAGUGUGGUGAUUGGCAGUCCACCAGACUGCCCCUGUAACACAUGGAAGUAACUUUGUCUUCCUUGUAUGCUACUUGUUGCCUGUGACUUUGCUUGAGCAGCAUUUGCUUAAGCAGCGUGUCAGACUUGUUCAAGGACUGGAUCCCCAGUGUCUGCCUUAAAAUGAGGAUGCCCUGGUAACCACUUUGGAGUAGUGCUGUGUGGGUGACCUGAGUGUGUGGACGCGGAGUGCUCACAGUGCCUGACACGCAGUGUUGGCGUUAGUACUGUUGCUCACGUCAUUGAAUGUGUGUUUGUGUUCCUGCAGCCCGCUGCUAUGGACAGUGCUGUCACCCUGUGGCAGUUCCUGCUCCAGCUCCUGCAGGAUCCACAGAAUAAGGAUGUGAUCUGCUGGACAUCCAAUGAUGGGGAGUUCAAGCUUCUACAGGCGGAGGAGGUAGCUCGUCUCUGGGGGAUCCGCAAGAACAAGCCGACCAUGAAUUACGACAAGCUCAGCCGAGCCCUCAGAUAUUACUAUGUAAAGAACAUCAUCAAAAAAGUGAAUGGUCAGAAGUUUGUAUACAAGUUUGUCUCUUAUCCAGAGAUUUUGAAGAUGGAUCCGAUGACAGUGGGCAGGAUUGAGAGAGAUUCUGAGAUUUUGGGCUUCAGUGACGUCAGCAGUGGUUCCAAGGACACGGAGAGCGGCGGGAAGGAGAAACCCCCUCUGCCUGCUGCCAAGGCCUCCAGUCGCAAUGACUACAUUCACUCUGGGCUGUAUUCAUCCUUCACUCUCAACUCUUUGAACUCUUGCACGAAGAGACUUCCCAAAUCAAUGAAGAUUGAGAAUCCAGCUGAGAAAUUGGCUGAGAAGAAGUCUCCUCAGGAGCCAGCAGCAUCUGUCAUCAAAUUUGUCACAACACCUUCCAAAAAGUCACCAGGUGAACUGGCUGUGCCAGCCGGCCCAGGUAUUUCUCCAUCUUCAGAGGAAACCAUGCAAACACUGGAGACGCUGGUUUCCCCCAAACUGCCAUUUCUGGAGGCUCCAAGCUCUGCAUUCAGUGUGCCGGCCACGUUCACCAGCACAGCACCUGGCCUGGCCCUUUCCCCUGCCGUGCAGGAGCCCCCCAGCAGCACACCUUCACCCCCUCUGAGUUCCAAUGAAGACCUCGACACCGAUAUUGACUCAGUGGCCUCUCAGCCUGUGGCACUUCCCGAAAACCUGUCGCUGGAGCCUAAAGACCAGGAUUCAGCUCUGCCAGAAAAGGACAAAACCAGUAAUUCAUCAAGGUCCAAGAAACCCAAAGGGUUGGAACUGGCACCCACCCUGGUAAUCACGGGCAGUGAUCCAAGCCCGCUGGGAAUACUAAGUCCCUCUCUCCCUACAGCGUCUCUCACACCUGCCCUCUUCUCACAGACCCCCAUCCUCCUGACCCCGAGCCCGCUGCUGUCCAGUAUCCACUUCUGGAGCACCCUCAGCCCUGUUGCUCCCCUGAGUCCAGCCAGGUUGCAAGGUGCUAACACACUUUUCCAGUUUCCUUCUGUACUGAAUACUCAUGGGCCCUUCACUCUCUCUGGGCUGGAUGGACCCUCCACGCCUGGCCCGUUUUCCCCAGAUCUACAGAAGACAUAGCCUAUGCACUCAAGGAAUGAGAACCAUGAAGCAAAGAAACCGAGGGACACUCAGCAGGAUUGCCUUUGAAGUGAGCAGCUGGUGUUCGGCAGUGCUGACGAGAGACCGUUCCCCAUGGGACACCUUUAUAGGAUUCCCUUUGCCUAGAACUCAAGAGGACUAUGUAUAAAAAUGCCUUAAUUGGAGCUCAAACUCCACCUUCCCCUUCCAUUUUUCUUUUGUUUUUAAAUAUUGUGAGCUUUGUGCUAAAGUAACCUUUAGUGGAGUUUAGCAGCUAUGCUUUGCGGGAAUGAUCAAGAACAAAGUUAUUCAUUCCUGGCUGUUGGGACCUCUGGACAGGAAAAAAGUUAUACUUAGAGUCUGUUAUUUAAACAAAUAGCAGUUAGAUGAAAUGGGCUGCAUCUUUAAGACUAAGUGGGCUCUGGUGAAUGACUGCAGAUGAGCUGCUCAUGCGCAGUGGAAGCAAGAGCCAUCCUGAGUCCUCCAUUCAAGGCACACCUAGGAAGCUCCUCCCACUGUGCCAUGCGCCUUGAGCAGCUGACACCCGGGGAAGGCAACUGGUUUACAUUGACUUAAGGUGGGUCUCCCAGCUGCAGACUAUAGUCUGGGCCUGUCAACAGUGCAGGGAGCUAGUGUAUUUCAGUAUCAGAAGAUUUCUAAACCUGGGGUUUUAAGACAGUUUUUGGAAGCUCCAUUGAGAACAUGGGACCCCAUACAUAGCCCAGAAGGGUUCCCUGUUCUCCGAGAGUGGUCUGAUGACGCCCACAUGGCAUGCACCCUAGGAAAUGGGGCCUUUUUGGAAGAUGAACUUGGGUGUUCAAGUGUUGAGAAUGACAGAUCUAGUUGCCUGAUUGGAAGCAGCAUGUGGAGCUUUUCUUGGUUAGAAAUACCCAGAGUGAAGGAAUCUCGCCUUUCUACUGACGUGCUGUCAUUUCCUGUGGCAUAUUUGUCAUCUUUCCUUUGAAAUGUAAGGUUGCUAAAGGCUGUAGCCAUUUUAAAGAGGUGGUCAGUAGGGGGGUAAAGCUGGCUUAUUUCUUGUGAACCCUGUUUUGUUAAUAAUUGGGGAAGAGUGUGGCCUUGGGGUUGGCUUGUGAUGCAGGGCAGGUGUAGUCCUCUCUGCACCACCACAGUUGUAGACUCGUCCCAACUAGAAGUCUGCCAGAUGCACACAGCUUUGUUGAGCCCCACUCUGAACUGAUAGCAAUAUUUCAGUGUUGUCUUUUGAACAUUUUGCUUUGAAAUCCAUUAUCAAAUCCUGUCAUCACCAUGACCUGUCCAUCAAAUUAGUCUUUUUAGUCCUCUCCUUGAGUCACACGAACUAAACAGAAUGAAUAAGUCAGUUCUUAAGGGCUUAAAAUGACACUGGUACAAACCAGUGUCUUGCACAGUGUUCACUUCAAGUUCAUUGUUACGCCAUGUAGACGUGCUGCUGGUGAAGUCUCCAGGUCUGGUCACUAGUAGAAGUACUCAGUGAGCUGCUGUGACUGCUCAUGCGUGGUCAUCAGCCCAAAGUUCUGUUCUUGAAAUGUGCAAUAGUAAUAUUGAGAGACCGUCAGGACUGGUGGAGAGCAGAUGCUCCAUACUUUCUCCCUGUACUGAAUGAAUUAAUUAGCUUGCUUGCCUGCUUGGAAUUAGAGCUCUCACAGCACUUUGGAAGAAACAUUUUUUUAGAUUAGCAUUUUGUAUUUUGGAUAGGUAAAUAUUGAUGGGUCGAUGUAACUAGAUGUUUUAAAUUUGAAUACACAAAAGUGUUUAUCUUUUUGAAUUAAAGGAGAAAAGCCAUUGGUUUGUUUUCAUAGAUGAUGUCUUUGCUGAUUAACUGUCUCAGCAUAGAGGUGCCUUGAAGCAGGGCACCAUUAGCACUCAGGCCAAGCAGCCUCCUGGGAACCAGAUUUAGGGAGCCCUUUCUGUAAACCUGCAGCUGAUGCCUAAGAGGCGUGAGGCCUUAGGAGUUGAUGAAAAUUGCUCUUUUUGAGAUGAGUGUGUGUGUGUGUACAUGUGCGCGCGUGCGUGUGUCUUUUUAAAGUUUACAGCCUUCACUUGGGUGUCUGAGGCAGACAGUUCCAUUUGCAGACUACCUCCUUCCUGGAAAGUCAGCUCCAUAGUCUUCUGAGUACCCGGAGCAUUCUCAGCAUCUGAGCUCGAGCUCUGUCUUCCCUGGAGAGAUGCGUGUUUGCUGGUAGUCACCACUGGGAGGAGCGGCCGUUGGGCAGCAGUGGCCCAGGUUAAAGAGGAGUGGGUUGCCAGGGGUUUUCCAGCAUUUUCUAAGAUGCCCCGGCUUUCCCUGGCCACUCAGCUGCAGCUAGAAGAUGGUUGGCACCCAGGAGACCUGGAAAAGCCUUGGGUUGAUGGCAUUUGCGGGGCCAGGUCCCCACCUAGGAACUGAGGAGGGACGCCUGUGUCAGGAAACCACUGCGGUGUGUCGCUGGCAGGUGAAUCUUCCUGGCGUUUCUAAAGUCAUCUUUGUCUUGUUCCUGUGCUGGUUUUUAAAAACAAGAUGAAGGCCUUGUGCUUGACUUCAGCAAUCCUUGUUUAAAGUGGUUUGUCCCAGCACUUCUGUUGUGUCAGGUGUUGUGUGUGUUUGAAUUGAAGACUCUGGCCCUCAAGGUCAACCAGAGUCUUAAGAUUAAAAUGUAAGUUCAAUUUCACAUUUCAGAAUGUAUUAAAAUACUAAGCGUAAUUUGUUUUUUCAAAUGUCAAUGGGAAAGGUUAGCACUUGAGCCCACAUAGAGUACUGGAUUUUUUUUUAAACUGGAAAAAUUCUGUGAAGGUUUACAUACUAUGUUAGACAUCCAGAAAGGCAGGACCGGGUGCUCCAUUAAAUCAGAGGCUUGGCAUUCUGGUGCCAGUAUCGGCUGCUGCACUCAGGCAGCACACGCUGUAUUAUCCUGAUCUCAGAGUUCCUAGGAUGCUGAUGGCAAAAUUCUAGAAGGUCACUCUGGGUUUCUAGUGAGUAGAGCACAGUCUGAGACACCCAGUGUCGCUGAGGGAAGCGAGCAGGCUCCAGUCUUCUUCAGCACACACUUGAAUCAGCAAAGUUU